AUGAUCACCGCCACAGGGCUGCCUGCCCGUCUCUCGAAGCGGGCCACCAUCCCCGCAUUCCGUGCUCAGCGGCACUUCAGCUCCGCACGCCCAGCGUUGAAGGAGAUCCAGGAUGCCUACAUUCUUAGCGCCUCUCGCACACCAACAGGCAAGUUUAACGGUGCCUUCACCUCCGUGUCGGCUCCCGAGCUGGGUGCAGUUGCCAUCAAGUCUGCCCUGAGCAAGAGCAAGGUUCCUGUGGAGAAGAUCACCGACGUUUAUAUGGGAAAUGUGCUCCAGGGAUCGGUUGGCCAGGCUCCCGCCCGCCAGGCGUCUAUUUUCGCUGGCCUAUCCUCGAGCGUGGAGUCCUUGACCGUCAAUAAAGUGUGUGCAUCCGGUCUGAAGGCGGUUGCGCUGGCAGCUCAGAACAUCCAACUGGGUUUGGCUGAGGCUCAGGUGGCGGGUGGUAUGGAGAGCAUGACCCGUGUGCCUUACUACCUGCCCCGCUCCAGCCAGCUGCCUCCCUUUGGUGAAAUCAAACUGGAGGACGGCCUCAUCAAGGAUGGCCUCUGGGAUGUGUUCAAUCAGUUCCACAUGGGUAUCUGUGCGGAGCAAACUGCGAAGAAGUACGAGGUCACGCGCAAGGACCAGGAUGAGUAUGCCAUCCGCUCCUAUGAGCGGGCCCAGCAGGCGUGGAAGGAGAACAAGUUUGCGGAAGAAAUUGCCCCCGUCACGGUGAAGAGCAAGAAGGGCGAGACCGUCAUUGAGCGGGAUGAGGGUUAUGAGAACCUUCGCAUCGACAAAUUGACGACUCUGAAGCCUGCCUUCUUGCGGGAUGGAACUGGCACGAUCACCGCUGCCAAUGCCUCCUCCAUGAACGAUGGUGCGUCCGCCCUUGUUCUGGUUAACCGAGAUCUUGCGCGGGAAUUCGGCAAUGGUGGUCGUGCGCUGGCACGUAUUGUGUCCUCGGCCGAUGCUGCCAUCGAUCCCAUCGACUUCUCUGUGGCCCCAUCCAAGGCGGUCCCGAUAGCCCUGGAGCGUGCGGGUAUCACCAAGGAUCAGGUGGCAGUGUGGGAGUUUAAUGAGGCCUUUGCCGCGGUGAUCAAGGCUAACGAGAAGAUCCUCGGCCUGCAAGAUGCCAAGGUCAACAUGUUGGGCGGCGCUAUCUCUCUCGGCCACGCUUUGGGCAGCUCCGGUUCCCGCAUCCUCGUCACCUUGCUCCACCAGCUACAACCCGGUGAGUAUGGUGUGGCUGCCAUCUGCAACGGCGGUGGUGCCGCGACGGCGAUGGUUGUGCAGAAGCUGGACCGUGUGGACUAG